CGCUGCAAUGCCUUUAUCAAAAUGACUUCUGUCACUGCGACAACUGUGACGCAGGGACCAGCCAACUUUAUACGCCACUACGCUUCACAAUACUGCAGUAACUGUCAAUAUGACCACAACGACCUGUCACAACACCUAGCAUCGGAUCAUUUAGAUACUAUUCUGAAUGGAUCUGUGAGAUCUGCCUUUUCCCAACAUCAACACCCUGCUUUCGAUAAAUCACGUUACAAAUAUUAUGAUCCUGUCGUUGACUCCGAUUACACUGAAAACCAGACGUGGAAACAAGUUAAAGAUGGUUACGAUCAAGCGAAUAUACUUGAAUGGGCUGUCCAAGCUUGUCCUACAUCGAAAAUACAGCACUAUCUACCCCAACUUAUACCCCCCACACUCUUGAUCCUUGACGACUAUGACAUAACAUAUAAGAUCCGAGGUGUUCAUAUAUUACAAGAAAUUAUCAACAAGAUUAGCGACGAGGGCAACGUGCCGUCGCCAUCAGCAACAACAACAAAAACUACUUCAUCUCAAUCAUCAGCGGUGCUGGGACGUGGUGGGGUAGACAAUGUACUCAUUGAUACACUCUUUAAAUGCCUGACGUACCUUUCAGACGAUUCCCAUCAUCCGUUACUACGAGCUGCUUAUCCAUGCCUUAUGGAUUUGAUCUGCAAGACGAAACCGGCAAGGAGCAAGGAACGUGCUCAAUUAUUUGAAAAAAUCAUGGUCAAUGGUAUUUUACUUGGCUUAAAAUUGGGCAAUUAUACUGUCACAUUGCGUGAGAUUCUGCUUGAACAAUUGUCGCGUGUUUAUCUCGAGCUGGGCGUGCUGGGUGUUCAAUAUCUCAAGGUGACAAUUGCAGCAUUGUGCGAUGCACUGACAGUACCAGCUGUACAACUGAAUAGGGUUGCACUAAAAUCACUACAAACAUUAAUACAUGUCUGCUGGCCAAGGAUACCCGGCUGCCAUGGUAUUAUAAUAAAAGGAUUAGCCACAUCAUGGAAAUAUUACUACAGCGACGGUAACAGUAGUGGCAAGAAUUCAGCAACCAAUCAGCAAGAGCAAGAAAUGUGCAAUCUUAUUAAGGAAACCUUCAAAGUGUAUCGGUCAGCGUGCAAAGGCACCGAAAAUGCUGAUCUUGAUGCAUUACUACUGUACAAUCGCUCGCUCUAUGCACCGCUUGUUGGACAGCAAGACAUAUCUCUGUAAUUCCACGACAUCAAAAAUUUAAACUCUAUGUACAUGUUUUCUGUACUCUAAAUGCAAAAGCUUAUCAAUGGUUGCAAAAAGUGGUGAAUUUUCGGCCAAAUGUUUUGGCGGCCUGGUCGAAUUUAGACCGACCCGAAUACUGCUUCUUUGUACGACGAGAGA